AUGUGCUACUUUGAGCAAACCCGCUGGGCAUGCGGCUACUGGCGCUGGGGCCAUUUCCGACAGCAGUGCAACAAGGAGUACCGGAUGGGCGAGACGUGCGGUCUCAAGCUUGUCUACGAGACCAAGACGGAGCCCGAUGUGUGUAAGCUCUGUCAUGACACGGAGAAGAAGCAGCGCCGGUACGACAAGAUGUACCGGGACGUCCAGCGCUGGCAGCGCGAGGGCAACCGAAGUGCCACCAUUGAGCGGACGUGCGGCGAGAUGCAUGAUGUGAUGGGCCAGAUCUAUCGGAUGAGAGAGGAGCACGAUCACAGGCUACAAUCUCUAGGCCAG